AUGGAGGCGAAAGCUCACUUCCUCGCGGCGCUGGUGGUGGUGGCGGUGGUGGUGAUGGGUUGGUCGGCGCGGACGUGCGAGUCGGUGCUCUACCAGCCACCGCCGCCGGCGGUGGAGUACCACGGCGGCGCGGUGCUGGAGGGCGCCGUGCCGGUGUCGGUGCUGUUCUACGGCGCGUUCCAGCCGCACCACAGGGCCGUCGUCGCCGACUUCCUGCUGUCCCUCUCGCCGCGGGGGCGGGACGGCCAGCGGCAGCAGCAGCACUCGUUCGGCGCGCCGGGGCCGGCGCCGCCGCCGACGGUGGCGAGGUGGUGGGGCACCGUGGAGAGGUACGUGCGGAAGGCCGGGCGGGGCUGGGAGGCGGCGCGCGUGGUGCUGGCCAGCCAGGUCGACGACGAUGGGUGCUCGCUCGGGAAGCGCCUGUCGCGGGCGCAGGUCGAGCUGCUGGCGGCGCGGCUCGGCGUGGCGCCGGGGGGUGUCGCCGUGGUGCUCACCGCCGCCGACGUCGCCGUGGAGGGGUUCUGCUCCAGCGCGUGCGGCGUGCACGGCUCGUCGGCGCCGGGGGGCGCUGUGCACGUGUGGGUGGGCGACGCGUCGGCGCAGUGCCCGGGGCGGUGCGCGUGGCCGUUCCACGCCGCGGACGGCUACGCCUACGACGCCGCCGGCAGGCGCGCCCACGACCACGGCCGCGCCGAGGCGUUCCUCCGCGCGCCCAACGGCGACGCCGGCGUGGACGGCGUGGUGAUCAACCUGGCGGCGCUGCUGGCCGGCGCCGUGACGAACCCGUACGGGCGGGGCUACUUCCAGGGCGACGCGGCGGCGCCGGUGGAGGUGGGCGGCGCGUGCCCGGGGGUGUACGGUCGCGGCGCGUACCCGGGCUACCCCGGCGCCGUGAGGGUGGACGCGGCCACCGGCGCCGGGUACAACGUCGUGGGCAGGAACGGCCGGCGGUACCUCGUGCCGGCGCUCGUCGACCCCGACAACUACUCCUGCCUCAUCAUGACCUAAUUGAACUUACUUAACUUAACCAGCUUUUGAUUAUCUGCUUCGUCGGUCAUGGCAAUCGAUCUUGAUAUAAGCUUGCUUGUGUGCAUCGAUCCAUGGCGCCUG